AUGGCUGACGAAAGUCUGUCUAGAGAUAUUCGAGUGACGAAACUCUCAAAAGCAGCGUAUAAUCGCUGGAGGAUUGAGAUUCGGGAUGCCCUCGAAAGUCAUCGAAUCUGGGAAGUCGCUAGCAAUGUUACGGUCAAACCGGAAGAGACUAAAACGGACGACGGCGCAAUCACUAAUAAGAGAGAGAUAGAAGAUUGGAAGGUAAAGGACAGUAAAGCUCGUUCCAUAAUACGAUCGACUCUAGAUGAUGCAACAUUUGACCAGGUAUGUGACUGUGAAUCUUCGGCAGACAUCAUGAGGAGAAUUAAAACUAUUUAUGAGCCAAAGACGCUAAACGUUUUGUUAGAACUGUUACGUGAUUUCUUUGGUUACAACUGGAAACCGGAUAGUACAGUCGGCACGUUUGUAGCUGGACUUAAGAUUUUGAUAACUUUGUUACGUUGGUCACUUUUGUCUGAAGAUGUAUCACUGGAAUUAUUCUUGGAGAAACUUGCAGAUGCGGAAAGAAACAUUGCAGGUCGCCUGGAUGAGACACCGAAUGAGGUUUUCAAGGCACAAUCUAAGCCAGUAAGCAGUCAAUUCAAGAAAACCGUCGAAAGGAAGUUUCAGGGCAAAUGUCACAAGUGUGGUAAAAAGGGACACAUGCAGCGGGACUGUUGGUUGAAGGAGAAGUCAGAAAUACCGGAAAUCCAUGAUGAAAAGAAGAAAAAGUCAAAAGGUCACAAAGAAGAAAGUGGAUUGACAGCAUCUUCCGUUUUCAAAUCUAGUAGCAAGGAUUGCAUUAUUGCUGAUUCAGGGGCAAGCGUUCAUUUGACACGAAACAUAGUGGUUCUCAUCGCUGCGUAA